GCAGCGAUAAAAGGAUACCCACCGCUAGAACCUUAUUAUCGAGCGUCUGCAAUGGUACUGGUUGUCCAGAAGGCUCAAUGAGCCUCCAAAGACCAGUUACCCCCAUUAACGGAAGUAAUCACAGCUAAAAUAGGAAGAGCAAGGCAAAAUUCUCACGCUGUCAAGCUCUCAGGGACAAGGACGAAUAUAAACUAGUACAUUCAUCCUUCUUAUUUUGGUGUUAAUUCCCACGGAAAGACGCGAGAAUCAUCAAAUCAGAGGAAAAUAUUAUGUUAACGCAGUCUGAAAUUCUGAAUUACAUCGGCUGUAUCAAAUGUUUGAGCUGAGAAUCGCCGAGGCCACCCACUCUUUCCCACACGAUGAUUUUCCCACGCCCUGGCUAUAACCCCAACAUCCUUUAGCGGCACGGCACUAUACGAUACGGUGCGGAACGGGGAGAAUAAAAGUACAGUUCAUCACAAUAAUUGCGCUACCAAUAUAAUGAUGGAUGCGCGUUAAUUAAAUUUAGGUAAAAAAUUCGGGGAAUGUCCCCCGAUCGCGGUUUUCGGUAAACGCUAUUGGCGAUGUUGUCGAUUAGUUGGAUUAAUUAAGAUCGACGUCUCCGAUAAAAAUGAUAACACAGUUUAAUGGUGUAACGUUGGUCGAACUGUCGGAAAAUUCAUAUCGCGAACAGGUGUUUUGGAAUGAAAUGAGGUAGCAUUCGAGAGAGGGGACCAAACAGCAGUCGUUCUCACGUAUUCCGGUAGCUCUGGCGCGUUUCGCUAGAAAUCCUCAGUCAGUACUUAGUCUGAUUCGGCGGCAUCUACUUCCAAAACAAUUCAAUCCUAAAUGAACCGGUAGCUUUUCACUCAUAACCAUAAAAAAUGCAAACAUGUGAAAUUGUAAACAGUCAGUGCAGGACCCGGGGAGUGCAGUGUUGGAUUUAAACCAAAUUUUCAGCAUGCCUCACCAAUACGGCCUCCCGGGAAUCGCUCACGCACAGUCGCCUCCGACACCACCCCCUCAACAUGGGGCAAUGUAUUCCAGAUUCACCGGUGCGGUCGUACCGGGCGGCUACCGAGGCGAAGGCCGGAAACUUACACGGGAAGCGAUGGAACGUUACCUCAGGGAAAGAUCCGACAUGGUCGUAGUCAUUCUGCACGCCAAGGUAGCCCAAAAGUCCUACGGCAAUGAGAAACGAUUCUUCUGCCCACCACCCUGUAUAUACCUAUUCGGAGACGGCUGGCGGCUGAGACAGGAACAGAUGCUACGCGAGGGCGAAUCCGAGCAGGCGGCACAGCUCUGCGCCUUCAUCGGCAUCGGCAAUUCCGACCAAGACAUGCAACAGCUCGACUUAAACAACGGCAAGCAGUAUUGUGCAGCGAAAACCCUAUACAUCUCCGACUCGGAUAAACGUAAGCACUUCAUGUUGUCGGUGAAAAUGUUUUACGGCUCCGGACACGAUAUCGGCGUAUUCCAUAGUAAACGUAUAAAAGUUAUUUCGAAACCUUCUAAGAAAAAACAGUCAUUAAAAAACGCCGAUCUGUGUAUAGCCAGUGGCACGAAAGUUGCGCUGUUUAAUCGAUUAAGAUCGCAGACCGUGUCGACCAGAUAUUUGCACGUCGAAAACGGACAUUUCCAUGCCAGUUCUACACAAUGGGGCGCUUUCACAAUUCACUUAUUGGACGAUAACGAGUCGGAAAGUGAAGAGUUUCAGGUACGAGACGGAUACAUUCAUUAUGGGGCCACUGUCAAAUUGGUUUGCUCCGUUACCGGAAUGGCGUUACCACGAUUAAUUAUUCGAAAGGUAUGUUUGUUGGAGGCUUGUUGUUGUUUUGAGAACCACUCUACUGGCACUGAUAAACGCUCUCACUAA